AUGUCCCCCUCCACCAACACCCUACCCUCCUCAUCCGCAACCCUCCCCUCCGACAGCGAAACCUACGACUCCCCCUCCGCUGCCGACCCACCCAGCACCAACAGCCCCUCGCCCUCGCCCUCGGCCUCAUCACCCCACACCCCCCUCAUCCUCUACAAACCGCCUACACUCUGGAGUCUGCUCCGCGGCGCCGCUAUCAACCUCCUCCUGCCCUUUGUCAACGGGUUGAUGCUGGGCUUUGGCGAGCUGGUGGCGAAUGAGGCGGCGUUUAGGCUGGGUUGGAGUGGGACAAAGAUCUUCCCCUCCCACCGCACCUCCUCCACCCCCCGCCCCGCCGGCCCCGGCGUAGAAAUCCGCCCCGACCCCAUCGAACGGCGACGCAGAAACGGCCAGGAACUAGACAUGUACACCUCGCUCGAAUAA